AAGUGUUUCUCAAUGAAAAACACUCGUUCGGCUCGUUCGCGAAUUCGUUCGGAAGGUUUGGAGUUCGCAGAACUAGAUGGCUGGCAUAAGUGAAAUUUAUACUACUAAAGCCAUGUUAGAUAGUCAGAUGGUUCACAUUGGGAAACAAGUUGACAUGGGUACUUUAGAGUUGAGCAGCCAAGACACAGAACACAAAUUAAGGAGAGUUACAGAGAAGUUCCUUGAAAACAUUCACAUGAUGUUAAAUGAACCGUCCGUUGGGCUUUAUAGAGUGCAAGAACAUGUCAGAAGAUCGUUGCCUCAGCUUGUUGACAAGAAGAUUGAGAUGCAAAGUCUACAGAAAAAAGUUCAAGGAAUAUCUUAUGAUGUUGACUAUUCCCUCAAGACUGUUCAGUCUAUGCAAAACAUUUCCCACUUCACAAUCAUACAGGAGUGCCUAAAGAGUGCGAUUGCUUCGAAGAAGAACCUUGACUUUAAAAAAGUAGAGAGAAAAGACCAAAAAGCUGACGCCUCAGUGGAUUCCGAUGAUGAACCAGAGGUUCUUGAAUCUGUUCAGGGAGGCAUCUCUCAUCUAACCAUAAGGGUUUUAUCUGCCCAAAUUGUAUGGAGGCAUGGAAAAACGAGGAAGAGCUGCUCCAGCAUUGGCAGUCAUUACAUGGCAGCCUUUCCGAGGGAGACUCCAAGGAAUGAAACGGCUCGUUGACAGUUCAAGUUCACAAGGUUGCCAUUGAAAUCUAACAAGAACAAGGAAAGGAGAGAUGGAUGCAUCGCAAGAGUAAGCUAUCCUCAGCGAAUAAGGAGCAAUUCACAGAUGAAAGCCCUUGCUAACUACACAUCGGUGAUACCACUAUGCAGACUUACUCGUGAAACCAGGAUCUGUUAAAUUCUCUCAUUAGUUCGUUAACAAUAUUCCCUUUUUAUUUUCUGAUCAUUUUUUUCUCUGGCUUGAUUCACUUUUGAACUGUCAAUACCAAUAUCAACAAACAUGAAAGACCUUUAUUUUGGGAUUUUCAAUGGUUAUCGGCCGCGACGGGAAAAAACGACCACUUUUUCAACAAUCAUUUCUGCUGUAGCGAUGAUGACGAUGCAUUGAUGUUGUUCUAAGCCGUGGUAAUAUAAACGGUUCGUACAUUUUCCAUCGUUGCGGCUGAUGUAGAUUACCUCAAACAAAUGCAAUUAAAUGCAGCAAGGAAAUCUGGCAAAACAUGUAACCCAAGUACAAUUAGUUCGCUUCCGUUCGUUUAUUUAAGCAAAGGCGAACAUUUUUUUGUUUGCAAGUGUUUUGAAAAACAGCGGAAAACGCCGCAAACGGAAUUUUUACCCCCUUUAGGAAUUCCAGGUUAGUUCAUAUUCUUCAUUAGUAAAAGAUUCUCAGUCAAAGGAAGUAUCCUGGAGUUCAAGUACACUGGUCCUUUCCUAUGAUGUGUGACCGUAGACAGUUUCCAACAACUAUACCGUUCCACAGAGAGUUAAAAAAACCGUUCCUAUUUCUAUGAAAUAUACUCAGACACGGGUA